CAGGAAUACGACGGAUUUUCUCCUCAGUGCUGGCCAGGCCCGUCAGGUUGUGCGCGCAUAGCGGAACCUUUUAGGGCAAGGUCGUCGCUUACGAGAAAUAAUAAAUUUAACUCUACUCGUCAGUCUUAUCUUCAACAGCCACCUGCUUCAGCAUCGGCACAGCAGAUUCAGAUAGACAUAGAGGGAGCUCAACAAGCACAAGACGUUGGCGAAAAGGGUAAACGAGGACCACGCCACGGCGAGCUCCC